UGCAUUUAGAAAAAAGUGAAAAUAAAUAAGAAGAAGAAGAAAUGGCAGAAAUAGAGAUAGGGUGGUGGGAAAUAUUGCUAGGAGUUGCAUUUUUGUUGAUGUUUUACCUAUGGAGGGAAGAGAAGAAGGGGCUUCCCCGGAGCUAUCCCUUUCUUGGCAUGUUGCCGGGCACUCUAUAUUACAUAAACCAAAUCCACGAGAGGGCCACGGUGACCAUGCGGCGAUCCGGCGGCACUUUCCUCUACAAAGGGCCGUGGCUCGCCAACAUGGACAUCCUGGUCACCGUCGACCCCGCAAACGUGCACCACAUCAUGAGCGCCAACUUCUUGAACUUCCCGAAAGGCCCCAAGUUCAAGGAGAUGUUUGACGUUUUGGGGGACGGGAUUUUCAACGCCGACUUGGACCCGUGGCGGGCCCAGAGGAAGAUCGCACGGGGGUUGAUCACGCACAUGCGGUUCCAUAAGUUUCUGGUGCAGACGAGCAAGGAGAAGGUGGAGAGAGGGCUGAUGAAGGUCUUGGAGCACGCGUCCGACAACGGUAUGGUAUUGGACUUGCAAGACUUGUUCCAGCGAUUCACGUUCGACACCAGUUGUAUUCUCUUCACGGGGUAUGAUCCUGGCUGCGUGUCCAUCGAUUUCCCUGAGGUCCCGUUCUCGAAGGCGAUGGAUGAUGCAGAGGAAGCCAUUCUCGUUCGGCACGUCGUCCCGGAGUUGAUAUGGAAGGUGCAGAGCAAGGACGAGAAAGACGACAAGUCGAUGAUGGGGUUGAAGCUAGACGACGACAAGUUCUUGAGAGACAUGGUCAUGAACCUGAUGAUUGCGGGCCGUGACACGACCAGCUCAGCCCUCACUUGGUUCAUAUGGUUGAUCUCCACCCAUCCUCGUGUCGAGGCAAAAAUAAGAGAUGAGCUCAAAACCCUAAUAACUCCUCCCUCGGAGUUCCACAAAUGGAGGGUUUUCAAGCAAGAACUCAAAACAUUGGUCUAUCUACACGCUGCAUUAUGCGAAUCUUUGAGAUUAUACCCUCCAGUUCCCUUCCAGCACAAGGAACCAACCGAGGUGGACACCCUCCCGAGUGGCCACUUAGUCCAUCCUAAGAUGAAAAUAAUGUUUUCGCUAUACGCAAUGGGGAGGAUGGAGACUAUAUGGGGAGAGGACGCAUGCGAGUUCAAGCCAGAAAGAUGGAUUUCGGAGCGGGGGACAGUAAAGCACGAGCCUUCGUACAAGUUCUUGGCAUUCAAUGCAGGGCCAAGGACUUGUUUGGGGAAAGAAGUGGCUUUCAUUCAAAUGAAGGCCGUGGCUGCCUCAAUCAUACAUAAUUACCAAGUUAGGGUUGUGGAAGGCCACCCGGUGGAGCCAAACGCUUCUAUUAUUCUCUACAUGAGACAUGGUCUCAAGGUUAGGCUCAAAAGAAUAACCAAAUAGUUCAAUCAUGUAUUAUUUGAAAGUUGUUGA